GCUGAGCAAGGCCACAUGCAACUUUCUUGGGCUCACCUAGCUAGCUACCUGCUGCUGCUGCUUUAUAUUCACAUAAACCUCCUCUUGGAGCUGAAGCUCCUACAAACCCAUCCCACCUUCUUCUCCUCCUUCCAAGAACCAACUGAAAGAAAAAACAACAAGAAGCAGCAAAGGAAUUGAACGAAGCUAGCUAGCCAUUGCUUGUUGUUGGUCGCUAUAGUGACACCAAUGCAUGCCCCGAGGAGGUUCAAGAAGGCCUUCAUGGCGCAGCUCCUGCUGAGCCUGCGUGCGGCAGGGCAGGCAUCCAAGUCGAUGGGCCUCCGGGAGCGCCGGGACGCCGUGCGGCUGUCCUCCGACGUGGCGAUGGCGCUGGCGUCCUCCGCACGGGCCCGCCCGAGCGCGGCGCGCUCGACGGCGUGGGCGCGCGCGCUCGUCGCUAGGCACGCGGCGGAGCAGCGCAACGAGGCGCUCCUGCGCCGUAUCAUGGGCGGCGCCGGCUACGAGAUGGCCGCCGCGGCGGCGGCGGCGGCGAGGGUCAGGAAGGAAGCCCGGAGCAGGAGGAUCGUGCGGAGGUCACGCCGGGUUUGCAGCGCCGCCGCCGCCGGGAGGAAGAGGAGGAGCUUGCUGCAGCUGGCGGCGGGCAGCGGUGGUGGAAGCAGAUGCAGUGCAAUGGUGGCGGCCAGUAGGAUGGUGAAGGCGAGGCUGCAGGUGCUGAGGAGCCUUGUGCCCGGAGGGGAGGCGAUGCGUGGCCUCUCCCUGCUCACCGAGACGCUGGACUACGUUGUGUGUCUCAAGACGCAGGUGGAGCUCUUGCAAUGCCUCUGCAAAGGAUCCCGUUCCCAGCUGGGCUGAGGUCUCAUGAUCUCAUCUCACAUCUCAGGGGACGGAAGCAGCAACUGCGAGACUGCAGGUGCAGAGCUGCAUGAGAGGUGUGAGAGGAUUCAAUGAAAAUCCUUGGGCACCAGGCAUGUCAUGCAUGGACCGCAACUGAAGCCGUCGUCUGAUCUGGAUGGGCAUGGGAGAGCUCUGUCCCAUGAAUUGUCUCCGGGGGCCAACUUACUAUAGCUAUAGCUAGCAGUACUAGCAGCAGUACCAGUGGGUAAUGUAACUAUUGUGCAAGUACAUGUCAGUGCAAAGAUGGACCUGGUUUUGCUGUAUCUCCUCCCUCGCAGCAUAGGAUGAACACAAGCCAUCAAUCCAUUUGGUGAAACAAGUUUUGUUGUUAAAUAACUAGCAAAUUUUGGUUUAUUAAUUGGGUGGGCAAAAUAUAAUCUGCUUGUAUGUGGAGUCUGCAGUCUUGAUGAGAUGGGCUGAGGAUCUUUCUGGUCUAAUAAGGCUCUGUUUUUGUAUGUUCAAAAUAUGGCAUAAUAUUACUAGCCUGUAUGUACUGUA